UUAACUUUUACACUAAGGAGCUAAGACUCACAUCCCAUGAUUUUAAAUCGCUUCUUCAGAACUUGACCCAAUUAAGAGAGCUUGAUCUUACUCAAGUAAACAUCUCUUCCACCAUUCCUCUGAAUUUUUCUUCUCAUUUCACGACUCUGAGGCUGUCAGAAACAGGAUUGUAUGGGAUAAUACCUGAGAGUAUAUUUCACCUGCCCAACUUGGAAAUACUUGACUUAAGUUACAAUGUUCAUCUCAAUGGUUAUUUUCCAAAGGCCAAAUGGAACAGCAGUGCAUCUCUCAUAGAGUUACAUCUCAGUAUGGUGAAUUUUUCUGAUAAUUUUCCAGAGUCUAUUGGCUAUCAUCUAACUUCGCUGCGUUAUUUGUCUCUUGUAAGUUGCAACCUUAGAGGGCCUAUUCCUGAAUCUCUUUCAAAUCUCACCCGCAUUGAGUAUUUGGUCCUUUCAUAUAACUCCCUGAAUGGAACAAUACCAUCAGGGAUGUUAUCCCUUCCAUCACUAAAUACAAUAGUCUUGAGUAAUAAUCACUUAUCUGGUCCCCUUGAAGAUUUAAAGUCCAAUUCACUAAUCUCGAUAUAUUUAGAGGGCAACCAGCUGCAGGGUCAUCUUCCCCACUCAAUUCAAAACCUUGUGAACCUAACAGGCCUUAUCCUUUCUUUCAAUAAUUUUAGUGGUCGUGUGGAUGUCAGCUUCUUUUCAAACCUUAAACAGCUUCGGUAUCUUAGUCUUUCAUAUAAUAAUAUCUCAUUGACCAAUGACAACAACGUUACUUUGCCCGAAUCUCUUGAUACGUUAGAAUUGGCCGCAUGUGAAGUGAAAGAGUUGGAGUUUCUAAGAUCCGCAAAGCUUCUUCGGCAUUUGGAUCUUUCUUUCAAUAAUUUUAGUGGUCGCGUGGAUGUCAGCCUCUUUUCAAACCUUAAACAGCUUGUGGAACUUCGUCUUUCAUAUAAUAAUAUCUCAUUGACCAAUGACAACAACGUUACUUUGCCCGAAUCUCUUGAUACGUUAGAAUUGGCCGCAUGUGAAGUGAAAGAGUUGGAGUUUCUAAGAUCCGCAAAGAAGCUUUGGCAGUUGGAUCUUUCAAAUAUAAGAUUCAAGGAAGAAUUCCUGAUUGGGCAUGGUCUAACUGGA